AACUGGCUUCCUUGAUUUUGGAUUUGUUGAGCAGGCAAGAUGGGGCUUUUAGGGAAUUUGGCCUUUGCUUUACUUUGUUGGAUUGGGGGGGAGGUAGUUUCAUAUGAUCCCUGGGAGUUUGCUCCCAGGAACCCAAUGGUUUGGAGACUUUCUGCAAGAACUGUUCCUCCUCCUCCUCGGGAGCCCUAUGCUCCUUCUUGGCAUGAGUCCUCUUCUUGGGCUUGGGUUGAUACUUCCCAGACUAGGGCUUUGUCCUACUUGAAUCCUGUGGCUGUGCAAUGUGGAGAGGCUCAAGUGGUGGUAACAGCCAACAGGGACCUGUUUGGGACUGGGAGGCUUAUCCAAGCUACUGACCUUAGGCUGGGUUCUCCUGGCUGUCAGUACACAUCCUUUGAUGCUGCUAAGGAUGUAGUGACCUUCGAGGUUGGACUCCAUGAGUGUGGUAGCACCUUGCAGAUGACUCCAGAAUCCUUUGUCUACAGCAUAAGCUUGUACUAUAAACCUACUCCAACCAAUGCAGUUAUCAUAAGAACGAGUCCAGCUGAAGUCCCCAUUGAAUGCCACUAUCCAAGGAGAAGCAAUGUGAGCAGCAAAGCCAUCAAGCCAAUUUGGGUUCCCUUCAGCUCGACAAUUUCUGCCGAACAGAAGCUGAGCUUCUCCUUGCGCUUAAUGAAUGGUGACUGGAGUGCUGAGAGAGCUUCCACUGGAUACCAGCUGGGGGAUGUGAUGUACAUCCAGGCUGACGUGAACACGGAGAACCACAUGCCUUUGAGGCUGUUUGUUGACAGCUGCGUAGCCACGCUGAGCACAGGCAGAGAUUCCAUUCCCCGAUAUCCCAUCAUUGACUACAAGGGCUGCCUGGUUGAUGGGAGGUCAGACUCCAGCUCCAGCUUUGUUUCUCCAAGGCUCAAAGAGGAUCUCCUCCAGUUCACAGUAGAUGUCUUCAGAUUUACAGGACAUCCUCAAGACCUGAUCUACAUAACUUGCCACCUGAAAGUUACUGCAGCUGACCAGGCCCCUGAUCCUGCAAACAAGGCUUGUUCCUUCAAUGAAGCUAAUAACAUUUGGAUUCCAGUUGAGGGUACCAGGGACAUCUGCACCUGCUGUGAAACCAAGAACUGUGGCUUAACAGGAGGCCAGCCAAGAAGGAUCAACCCCUGGGAUAGCUGGGCAAGAGGAAGGAGAUCUGGCAGAGAUGCAUCUGCAAAACAUGGUUAUUUCAACCUUGUUCAAAAUGCAGAUCAACUGGUGAAGGAAGUGGAGACUCAUGUGAUGGUAGGCCCCAUCGUCAUCCUUGAUGCAUACUUGGGUUCUAAGAGUCUUGCCAGCCAUCAAAGCAAAGCAAUGGAAUCUCCAGCAGAACAUGGCUUGUUUUCAGCUCCUGGGCUGCUGUUAGGACUCAUCUUGAUGGCUCUGGCUCUACUUCUGGCUCUACUUACUCUUGGAGUUCUUCUGUUCAAAAAGCAUUCUGGUUCCCCUUAAGGUGUUGUGUAAUGCAUGUCUUGAUGCUAAAAAAAAUAAAAUUAAGAAAUGAAA